UCACUGCCUCGUGCUCACACUCCCCGCCUGUCCCCAUAGCCCAUUCUGCUCCCGUGAGACAGCACCACCGGCUGCCCGGUGACAUCCACGAAGAUGAGCGCCUGUGGGAGGAAAGCCCUGACCCUGCUGAGCAGUGUCUUUGCUGUCUGCGGCCUGGGCCUGCUGGGCAUCGCAGUCAGCACGGACUACUGGCUGUACCUGGAGGAAGGCAUCAUCCUUCCCCAGAACCAGAGCACAGAGGUCAAGAUGUCCCUGCACUCAGGCCUCUGGCGGGUCUGCUUCCUCGCUGGUGAGGAGCGAGGACGCUGUUUCACCAUAGAGUAUGUGAUGCCCAUGAACUCCCAGAUAACGUCAGAGUCCACAGUCAAUGUUCUAAAAAUGAUUCGCUCGGCCACCCCGUUCCCACUCGUCAGCCUCUUCUUCAUGUUCAUCGGGUUCAUCCUGAGCAACAUCGGGCACAUCCGUCCUCACCGGACCAUACUGGCCUUUGUCUCUGGCAUCUUCUUCAUCCUCUCAGGCCUCUCUCUUGUGGUGGGCCUGGUGCUGUACAUCUCCAGCAUCAAUGAUGAGAUGCUCAACAGAACCAAGGAUGCAGAGACCUAUUUCAACUACAAAUAUGGAUGGUCCUUUGCCUUUGCCGCCAUCUCUUUCCUUUUAACAGAGAGUGCUGGGGUAAUGUCUGUGUACCUGUUCAUGAAGAGGUAUACUGCCGAGGACAUGUACAGACCUCACCCAGGCUUCUACCGGCCACGCCUGAGCAACUGUUCCGAUUACUCUGGCCAGUUUCUACAUCCAGAUGCCUGGAUCCGGGGCCGCAGCCCCUCAGACAUCUCCAGCGAUGCCUCCCUACAGAUGAACAGCAACUACCCAGCUUUGCUCAAGUGCCCAGACUACGACCAGAUGUCAUCAUCUCCCUGCUGAGCCCUGGUCUCCUCCCCACCUGAACUUUGGAUGGCUGGACAGCCUUGCCCUUCCCCCUGAGCCAAGGCCCAGGCCAUUCCCUGCUUAGCCAUUGUUACUUGACCACAUCCUCUCCCUGCUCCCAGAGUAGCUCUUCCUUCAGUGGGUAUCCGAGCCUGGAGUCACAGGCAUGCUGAUUGGCUGAGGGCACGGGUGAAGUCCUGCCUCUCGAGUGCCAAUCGUAGCCAUGGGCCCCCAGGAAUCCAGCAGCACCCCUUACUGGGCUGUGUCCGAAGAUGCCCAUGUUCUAGUUGUAUUUUAUUCCUGCACUUCCGGGUCAGCCAAGGCCAGGUUGGAGUUGCCGAGUUUCUGAUGAUAUAGACAAAGCCAGACUUGAACACUUGCCAACCAGCCUGGCUCUCCAUCUAUGAUCUAUGCUCGAGGCCAAAAGGUGAUUCUGCUCCAGUGGUCUGGCUGGCUCAGAAACCUCAAGCAAACAGUUCCUUGUGAGACACUCUGCUUUUAUGUCAUUGGCCUCCCUCCACAAAACACAGUCUCUGUGUGACACUGCCCCCAAGGCCCUGGACUUUCUGUCUUUCAUCCUUCCAGAAUGCAGCUGCCCUGGUCAGGGACUAAGGUAAGUACUCAGCGGUGCCAAUGAAGUCACAAAGGUGUUAAUGGCUGAAGAUGUCUUAAUACACACGGCCCCUUGAUAAGGUAUUUCACAGGGGCUUUUGAUGCCUUAACCCAAAGCAGUGACCGAUGAUGAGAACUCCAGGAUUUGACAGUUCUGUGUUCAGAGCUCCAAGCACUGUGUCCUACCCUGGGGACAUUGUCCCUGACUUCAAGGACCAUAUUUCCAUCCAAGGCUCAAAGAUCUAAUCAUGCAGACAGGUGUCUGUACCAACUAAGGACACUGUAGCUGUGAGCCAGGUUUGACGACACAGUGCAUUUUGAGCCCAAACAAGCCAGAUUCCAGAUGAUCCAGCUGCCUUGCCAAGGAUGCCUGUGAACAUUUGGGGGUUGUCAAUUUAAUCCUAAUAUGGGGAUGCAUCUGCUUCCCAGUUAUUUGACAUAUGUGGGCAAAUCACAUGCCUCCAGAAGGCAGACAAUGCGACAACCACUUUCCUGAUGGGGAAGCUGAGCUGGGCGGCUGCAAGCAGCUUCUGGGAAGUCCAUAAACCCCCCACAGUUUUCCAGGUGUCCGCCCAGCUUGACGGAGGUUCUUUCUGAGAGUUCUGAGUGGCGAGCCAAUGUGGCACUCUCUUUGCUGUGUAUUUUUGCUGUGCUCACUUUUGCCUCGCUCUCUUUAAGAUGCCAAAUGUCC